GGUUUGGCUAUCAAUCAUUUGCAAAUUGAAACCCCCGAUUCCAACUUUACCUAUCUCAAUCUCCUUGGGAAUGAAGAAGCCACAAAAUCCUGACCCUGAAAAUAGCGCAAAGUCAUAAAGACAGGGUGAGGAUUUUGAAAUGAAGGCAUCCUCAUUAAAGAAUUAGACCGAGGUUUAGUUAUGAACUUUCUCUUGUAUUAAGCCCAAAUAUUUUAAUGCGCAUCAACAUUAAUUGCAUUCAAAAUGAAAAAAAGUGCUACACAUUUAAGUAAAACUGAUUGGCAUAAUAAAUUGCAAUUGAUGAUGUCACGUUAUCGUACGACUGGACAGAAAUAAACAAACGAUAGCCUAUGACCCCUACGUGAGCAUUAGGGAUAUCCGAAACCAGACUUCGUAAACAAGUAGUGUUAUCAAUGUAUACUAGACAUUCAUAACACUCCCACCCAAAAUGAUUUAAAUAAACAAUCCAGAUAAAAUGUAUUAGUUCUUACAUAGAGCUCAUCCGGGAUAGAACAGAAAAAUAUUUCUCAGCGAUGGAUAGUUCAGAUAGUUCAAAUCUUCAGUAUCUGUUUGAUACGAACUGGAAGCGACAUGAGGCAUAUACUGGAGAGAAUAUUUUUCACGUCAUUGCAAAAAAAGGAUGGUUGAAGAUGCUGUGUGCAUUUGAGGGGCUCGUAGAUGAAAAAACCAAAGAAAGGCUGCGAAAGCGAAACUAUCACGGCAAUACUUGCCUUCACAUUGCAACGGAGGAACAUAGAGGACGGCAAGCUAUAUGGUUAAUAGAAAAGUUAGUGGAAUAUGGAGCAGAUCUUGAUGAAAAAAAGCAUUGUGAUGGUGAUACUGUACUCCACAUGGCAGUAAAAAAGGGAGACUAUAAACUAGCUACAUGGAUGUGUCAGCAGCUAAGUAUCGAUUUGGAAGUAGAAAAUUAUCGCAGCCUCACGGCGUUUCAAGUAGCAUUGAAAAGAGGUGACGAAAAGAUGAUGGAGAUACUUGAAACCCAUGGCGCAAUUAUUCAGGAAGUAACCGACAGUGAAGAAGAAAAAAGGGAUUCAUAAUAGUAACUGACAGGGUGGAAAACAAGUCGUGUAAACAUAAGUGUUGAGACGUGACGCAAAUAGGAUAAGUGUCUUGUCGGGUAACUACUAGGAUAGACAAUGUAGAGUUAGUUAGUGUUAUUUUUUUAUUGGAGUAAGUAAUUAAUCACAUCCAAUAUGGGAGAGUUAAGACUUAAUAUUAGCAGACAUAAGUCUGCGGUAAAACCUUAAUACGUAGAUUUAUAUAGUAAACUAAUUAUAGCUUAGAUUCUAGUAUAGAUAGUAAACUAUAGUAAGACUCUGGUCUUGUAAACUUAGUUUAUACUUUAAGAAGCGACUAUAAUGUAAGAGAUGAUGUAAUUACUGUUAUCGUACCUUAUCUUAAUGUGGUUUGAACUUUAGAACCAAAAUGGACGAACAAGAACCGAAUAUUAUAAGUUUUUUGUUGAAAUAUUAUAAUUAAUUAUAUUGUAAUUUACUGUAUGUAACUUGUUUGUGAAUCUCCAAAGAGUCUUUGAUUUUCUAGAUGUAGGGUAUAUGGUUUCGAAUCCCGGCUAGAACAAGAUUUUUUCCACCUAUCCCAGGUUAUUACUUCGGGAGGUCGCCACAAGGAAACCGCCUGUACUCGGCCAGGUUUUCUUGGGUUUUCCUGGUCGUUGUGGUAGGCUUGUUUACAAGCCUAAAACAAGUAGAUGCAGUACAGUGAAGUAAGUCGGUCCCAACCGCAAAAGUAGGUAGGUCUUUAGGAAACAAACUAGCAGAUUUUAAUGGCAAAAACGCUCUCUCUCCUCCGCCGUAAAAGGCAGAUAAUAGGUAAUAACUGGCAGAUAAUAGAGGAAGGUAGUUGAAGACAAAAGUGUUGAAAAUUCUACAGAAGAUGUAUACUGCAACCCGCUAAUAAUAAUAACUCAAUACAUAGAUCUAUAUGUCAUAUAAAUGGCAGUUUGUUUGUAAAUCGUGCGUAUCAUAUAAGUUUUUAUGUUGUAUUUUAUUUUUCAUGUUUAUAAUAAAAAUAACUAAAACUAAUACGCUUUUUUUCUUCAACUUCAAUACCAUACUUCCAACUUCGAUUUCAGUGCGAUAGUGAAAUAUAACAGGGCCCUGAGGUCGCGCUGUUUUCACUGACACUCUGUCAAGUAAUGAACCUACCGUUCAGAAAUCUAACAAUGGUCACUUUUAGUUUUUGAAACUGACAAUUUCUUGAUGGAGUCCAAUCCUGGUCGACCUUAGUUAAUUUGUAUGGGGAUCUCAUACAAAACUGAGAAUCGUUUACUAGGAUUGCAACCCAUCAAGAAAUUUUCUUACUUGACAUAGAGUAAGUAAAACAACAAAUGACGUCAAGACGAACCUGCUGCUGACAUAAUUCCCGGUGUGCUGAAUUAACGAGUCGAACAUAUGGGAUACGACAUGGGUUAUAAUGAAAUACUACUAGUGAAUGAAAUUCAAAUUAUAUAGCUUUUUAAAUUACGAGUAUGAUAAAAUAAUAUUAUUAAUUUGAAUGGUUGUAUCUAUUAACAAUACUGAGUCGUUAACAUUAACUAAAGACUCUGUCAGUUUAUCUUAUAUAUAUAAUGAAAAGUUUUCUAUCAAAUUUCUUGGUCUUGGCUGUUUACUAAGCUACCAAGAAAAUAGCUGAAACAGUUUAGCAUGCAAAACAAUGUUGGAUCCAUAAACUCUCAUAAUGUCAUAUAUAUUAUUUUACUAGAAAAUAAAUACUUACUAUAUGUUGAGAUGAGCUAAAAUUGUGAUAUCAAAUUGAUUAUAUUUUUUUAUGCUUUAUAAAUAACGUAUUUCAGUAUAAUUUGGAGAUUCUCAAAAACUGUAUUCAUUAAUUCGACAUAACACAAUUUCUUUAAAACUCCAAUGUUUUUAAAUUAAUUUUUUAAUUAAUGUGUUAUAAUAGUAACAUAAAG